CUCUCAAUGCACGGUAUGGUGACUACCUAGCUCUCACUGCAUGGUAUGGUGACUACCUAGCUCUCAAUGCACGGUAUGGUGACUACCUAGCUCUCACUGCAUGGUAUGGUGACUACCUAGCUCUCACUGCAUGGUAUGGCGACUACCUAGCUCUCACUGCAUGGUAUGGUGACUACCUAGCUCUCACUGCGUGGUAUGGUGACUACCUAGCUCUCACUACAUGGUAUGGUGACUACCUAGCUCUCACUACAUGGUAUGGUGACUACUUAUCUCUCACUGCAUGGUAUGGUGACUACCUAGCUCUCACUGCAUGGUAUGGUGACUACCUAGCUCUCACUGCGUGGUAUGGUGACUACCUAGCUCUCACUACAUGGUAUGGUGACUACCUAGCUCUCACUACAUGGUAUGGUGACUACUUACCUCUCACUGCAUGGUAUGGUGACUACCUAGCUCUCACUGCAUGGUAUGGUGACUACCUAGCUCUCACUGCAUGGUAUGGUGACUACCUAGCUCUCACUGCAUGGUAUGGUGACUACCUAGCUCUCACUGCAUGGUAUGGUGACUACCUAGCUCUCACUACAUGGUAUGGUGACUACCUAGCUCUCACUGCAUGGUAUGGUGACUACCUAGCUCUCACUGCAUGGUAUGGUGACUACCUAGCUCUCACUACAUGGUAUGGUGACUACCUAGCUCUCACUGCAUGGUAUGGUGACUACCUAGCUCUCACUGCAUGGUAUGGUGACUACCUAGCUCUCACUGCAUGGUAUGGUGACUACCUAGCUCUCACUGCAUGGUAUGGUGACUACCUAGCUCUCACUACAUGGUAUGGUGACUACCUAGCUCUCACUGCACGGUAUGGUGACUACCUAGCUCUCACUGCACGGUAUGGUGACUACCUAGCUCUCACUGCACGGUAUGGUGACUACCUAGCUCUCACUGUAUUGUAUGGUGACUACUUAGCUCUCACUGCAUG